CAGAACUUUAAUUGGUAUCAUUGUUUGCUUCUGAAACGAAGUUUCUUCAUGGAAUUUGCAUAAACUUACUUCGGCAGCCGUAUGUCAAAUGUUUUAGUUUCGUUUUGGAGAGAUUUAUUAGAUCGUGCUGGCCGUGCUGUAGAUUUUCUGUGGAACAUUACCUACGAUUUGUUGUGUGUUCAGAGAGUUUGUUGUGGUGUGUUUUCGUAUUUCUUUAGAUUAGUUGAGUGAAUAAAGAGUACGAUUUAACUUAGUGUGUUUACUUUUAAUUCGUGAUGUAAUCGUGUUAGAAUUAGUUUUGUGUGCGUUCGUGAAAAUUAACUAUGUGAAAAACAUAUUGUAGGUUAGUCGGACACGGACAAAUCAUUUCAAGAUUUCUUUUAAAUUUCUCUAAUAUCUCAAGAAUACGAAAAUGGCUGUUCCACCAGCGGCGUUAGUCAACCGAAAUAAGAAACAUUUUAUGGGCGUUCCUGCUCCUUUGGGAUAUGUUGCUGGUGUCGGCCGAGGUGCAACUGGAUUUACCACAAGAUCGGAUAUUGGCCCUGCUAGAGAUGCCAAUGAUGUUUCUGAUGAUCGGCAUGCUCCUCCAAGCAAAAGGAAGAAAGGACACCAGAAAGAGGAGGAUGAAGAUGAUGACGAAGAUUUAAAUGAUUCUAAUUAUGAUGAGUUUUCAGGUUACGGUGGUUCGCUGUUUAGCAAGGAUCCAUACGAUAAAGAUGACGAAGAAGCAGAUGCCAUUUAUGAAGCCAUUGACAAGCGGAUGGAUGAGAAAAGGAAGGAGUACAGGGAAAAGAGAUUGAAAGAGGAAUUGGAGCGGUACAGACAAGAACGCCCCAAAAUUCAGCAGCAGUUCAGUGACUUGAAGCGAGGUCUUGUUACGGUGACGGAAGACGAGUGGCGCAGUGUACCUGAAGUGGGCGAUGCUCGCAACCGGAAAAUGAGGAACCCAAGAACAGAGAAAUUCACCCCCUUGCCCGAUUCUGUUCUUGCUCGGAACCUUGGUGGGGAAUCAUCGAAUUCCAUUGACCCUAAGAGUGGCAUAGCCACAGCCUUCCCGGCUGGAUCGUCAGGAUUUGCAACGCCAGGAAUGCUCACACCUACUGGAGACUUGGACUUGUGCAAGAUUGGCCAGGCUCGCAACACUCUGAUGAAUGUGAAACUGAGUCAGGUUUCUGAUUCUGUGGAGGGACAGACUGUUGUCGACCCCAAAGGCUACCUCACGGAUUUGCAGAGCAUGAUUCCAACUUACGGGGGUGAUAUCAAUGACAUCAAGAAGGCUCGUUUGCUGUUGAAAUCAGUGCGAGAGACUAACCCAAACCAUCCGCCUGCAUGGAUUGCAUCAGCUCGUUUGGAGGAAGUGACAGGCAAAGUACAGGCAGCAAGAAACUUGAUUAUGAAAGGAUGUGAGGUGAACCCCAAAUCAGAAGAUUUGUGGCUGGAAGCAGCUCGCUUGCAACCGCCUGACACAGCUCGAGCUGUCAUUGCGCAAGCUGUGAGACACAUUCCCACAUCUGUGCGCAUUUGGAUCAAAGCUGCAGAUUUGGAGUCUGAACAAAAGGCAAAGCGAAAAGUGUAUCGCAAGGCUCUGGAGCAUAUUCCAAAUUCUGUGCGUCUGUGGAAGGCCGGAGUGGAAUUGGAGGACCCGGAAGAUGCACGUAUCCUGCUGAGCCGAGCUGUAGAGUGCUGCCCAACAAGUGUGGAUCUCUGGCUCGCGCUUGCCAGGUACAACCACACGCUUGGCAACGGCCAAAUAUUGUGGCAUUGCACUCUUUGUUUAAAGUUGCUGCUUGGAUGUGCCCAGCAGGGAGCCUUUGAAUGUGCACGAGCCAUCUAUGCACACGCACUAGCCACCUUCCCCAGCAAAAAGUCGAUAUGGCUACGAGCUGCUUAUUUCGAGAAGAAUCAUGGCACAAGAGACACCCUGGAAGCCCUUCUGCAGCGCGCCGUGGCUCACUGUCCCAAAUCAGAAGUAUUGUGGCUAAUGGGGGCCAAAUCAAAAUGGAUGGCAGGUGAUGUGCCUGCUGCCCGAGGCAUCCUCUCAUUAGCUUUCCAGGCAAAUCCUAACUCUGAAGAAAUCUGGUUGGCGGCUGUGAAGCUGGAGUCUGAAAAUUCAGAAUAUGAGCGAGCCAGGCGGCUUUUGGCUAAGGCCAGAGCAUCUGCUCCAACUCCUCGAGUUAUGAUGAAAUCAGCAAAGUUGGAGUGGGCUUUGGAUAAUUUGGAUCAAGCUCUCCGACUCCUGGAAGAGGCAAUUAAGGUCUUUCCUGACUUUGCCAAGCUGUGGCUUAUGAAAGGUCAGAUUGAAGAACAACAAGGCAACCUUGAUAAAGCUUGGGACACCUACAAUACCGGGGAGCGUCGAGGGCUGCUGACAAAAGCGCGCUCGGUGCUGGAGAAAGGGCGCUUGCGCAACCCGCAAUGCGAUGUGCUGUGGUUGGAGCAGAUCCGCAUUGAAAAUCGAGCAGGUCUUCGUGACAUUGCCAACACUCUCAUGGCUCGAGCCUUGCAAGAGUGCCCCAACUCAGGCAUCCUGUGGGCAGAGGCUAUUUUCCUGGAGCAGCGCCCGCAGCGCAAGACUAAGAGCGUAGAUGCUCUGAAGCGAUGUGAACAUGACCCUCAUGUGUUACUUGCUGUGUCUAAGUUAUUUUGGUCAGAACGAAUGAUUCAGAAGUGCAGAGAAUGGUUCAACAAAACUGAGCAGCAGGAAGAAGUGAAGAAGCGGUGUGUAAGUGCAGAACCCCAUCAUGGAGAGCACUGGUGCAAAGUGUCCAAAGACAUUCGCAACUGGCGCCUGGGCACUGAUCACAUUUUAGUCAUGGUGGCUAAAGACCUGGCCAUUCCUAUAUAAUUAAUAAUUAGGCAUUUUAUCCACUUUUGGUGUGAUUACUGCAACAGGAAAUUCUCUUUUUCUGUGAAGGUUGUCUGAUUCGGACUCCAAUAAAGAGUGAGUUUUUAGCAAAUGUCUAAAUGUAGGGGUUAGCAUAUUAUUUAUGUAAAUAAUAUUUUUUAAAUUUUACUUGGAGGAUGUUGAGCGACUGUGUAAAAAGAUUGCUAAUUUCUAUUCAGUGAAAUGUUCGAAAAUAUUAGAAGUGAAUAUGGAUUAUUUUGAAUUUUCGUUUUAGGAUUUUUUUCCUAAGAAAGACAUUUAAUGUUUUAGUGAACCAUCAAGUGUUACAUGAAUAAAAUUUCAGUUAAUUGUGAUGCCA